AUGACCAGAUUUGGAGCCCCUUCCACAAUUAUAUCAGACAAUGCUAAGGCUUUUGUGGGAUCUCAUAUUAGUCUAUGGGUAGUCCAACAAGAUGUGUUUCUCAGAACAUCAUCAAAUUAUUAUAUGCAGGGCAAUGAGUUGGCUAAGUCCUCCAACAAAAAUCUUAUUAGAAUUAUCAAGAGGACUCUUGAGGAUAAUCAGAGGUCAUGGAACCUCAAGUUUGGAAUAACCCUAUGGGCCAAUCGAAUUAAUACCAAGAGAGCUUUGGGAAACUCACCUUUCAUGCUGGUAUAUGGGAGGGAAGCUAGGCUUCUCGUAUUCCUUGAUUUGCCAUCCCUGGACCUAGCACACAAAUUGGAGCUCCUAGAGAAUGAUGCCUUAUUGGUAAGAUAUGCAGAACUUACAGAGCUUGAAGAGGUUAGGGAGAAAGCCAAGCAGGCUUUAAAUGCCCAUCAGGGAUAG